CUAGGUGAUUGGGGAUAAUCUUAAACAUGUCUGUACAUGAUGCAACAAGCUUUUCAAUACCAGCCGAGCUAUUUAUUUCCCAUUCCGCUGGGUAGUGGAGUCACAAAAUAGUGUAUCAUGUUGUACAAAACCCAAAACAUAAAGGCCUCGUCCGGUGGCCUAGAUAGUAGACCUGUUGCGCUGACUGACUGACUGACUGACGGGGCUGUGUAGAGCUACUCGGAAGUGAAGUGGAGCAAUGGCUGACAGCUCGAAACCAGUCGCCAGUACUGCAGCCGACGACACUUGUCUAGCGGGAGACUUCACGUGCGCCGGAGAUCUGGUGAGGCUGCAGGUUGACAACAGGAACAUAUGCUGGGUUACACAGACGAGGAGAGGAACCACUGAAUUAACUUUACCAUGGCGUGACGUCAUCGCAGCACACAGAGGGGCGCCUUCUUCCAAGGGCAAGGACACGAAGGACUCGCGGGAACUGGACUCCUUUACUGUCCACUAUGUACAUCGCCAGACGGACAACAGAUGGCGCCACCGCCACAAGACCAUGGAGGGCAAGAAACACACCCUGCAGGAGUGGGUGGACAUCAUAGGCAGCAGGAUAGACAUAACAGAUCGUCCCACGCGUCUUCUUGUAAUAAUCAACGCCAUCGGGGGCAGAGGUCAAGGCCGCCACAUCUACGAAACAAAAGUUGCUCCAUUGUUUGAACUGGCUGACAUACAGGCGGAUGUUAUUGUGACACAGAGGUCGAGACACAUAGGAGAGAUUGGCCAAACGUAUGACUUUUCCCAGGUGAACGGCGUCAUUGUUGCGGGAGGUGACGGUUCCUUCUAUGAGAUUAUCAACACGCUAGUACCCAGGAUGCAGGAGCACGACACUGACGCCAACAACCACACCGCUAAACUCUCCCCCGUGGAGAUACCCAUCGGGAUACUGCCUACAGGAACGGGAAAUGAACUCUGUAAAAGAACGUACGGCUUCGUAGAUGUGGAGACAGUCGCUCUUCACAUUGUGCAAGGCAGUACUGUAUGGAAAGAUUUGGCAAGUGUCCAUGAGGAGGGUCGCCUGGUGGGUUUCGCCGGGGUCAUGGUUGCCUAUGGUUACUGGUGCCAUUUCGUCAAAGAUGCUGACCGAGCACGGUGGUUGAAAACCCUCCGAUAUCCAAUUGGUGUAUUAUCCAGCUUCUUAAAAAAGAAGAGAGAGUUUGAUGCCGAGAUUGAAUAUGUCCUCAACGAUAGCACCAACACUGAGAGCGAGGCACCAACACCCCGCAGAGAUUGCGUACAGAUUCAAGGUCGCUUCACCGAUGUGAACUGUGUUCUGUCACGCUUGAAUACAGACGGUAACGGGGCAAAGGCUCUGUACAACCCCGGUGGCAUGACGUUAGUGACGGAAACCGUGUCUGGAAACAUCCAGUUUAUGAAGUUCCUGUUAAAGCUCAGCACCAUGCAGAAAGACAGUUAUAAUCAAGACUUCAUCAGUAUGUAUGACGUCACGUCGUAUAAAGUGAAGGUCGCAGACACAGAGAACAAUGGCGGCACAUCCGGUAAUGGCGAGGACAAGGCACACCUCAUCCUCCUGGAUGGUGAGAUCAGAUGUCUCGACACCCUGGAGCUAGAAGUCAAACAUCAACCAAACACCUGGAAACUGUUCUUUAGCCCAGCCACGGUGUAGCACAGAUGGGAGUUGAUCAGGAAAGCUGAGGUGGCGUGCUAGCGGGCGGAGUACUGGUGUAACACGUCGAGGACUACUCAGUGUGUAAAUUCAGUCACUUUGUAACACGUCUGAAAAUAUCUCUGCUCCACAAUAAAACCUGCCUGAAAAUAUCACUGAUUAUUUUGACAGAUUGACAAAUUCCACUGGUUGGUAUAAACGAAUUGCAAGAUGUGUCUCUGUUCACAAAAGCGCAAAGCAAAAAGGAUAGAUAAAAGGUACAACAAUACAAUCGUGUACAGUUACAGUUGGUUGGUAGUGCUACUAAUAUCUCUAUGUCUGAUAGAGUUCGCUGGUAGUGCUACUAAUAUCUCUGUCUUGUACCACUAGCUGGUUGUGCUUCAAAUAUGCCCAUUUUGAUUAUUGUCACCUAAAGAAAAUGUUUAACGUUUAACGUGUUUUGGCAAUCGUGACAAUUUAUCUGAUUGCUUUUGCAGAUUAAAAACUAUGAAAUAUCCAGAGUUGUGGGAUCAGCAGUACUAUAUGAAUUGUGCCCCCAUGUCCGUUUACUUACCUCACCUGGUAUUUGUUACCUGGGAGGUAUAGUGUUUUAACCACUCUUUGUCACAACACUCAGAUCAUGCCACGAUGUCCGUCUGAUACGUAAGAUUCUGAGGUAUGACAUCCGGGUAUAUAUUGAUCUUCAUACUUUUGUAAAAUGUUCAUAGAUGAUACACAUAAAUGAAUUGUCAAUA